AUGGCUGUCUUCGCUGUAACCAAUGCAAAUGAUGAAAUAUCACAGUACCAGAUGGGGCGCUAUGUAAGUAGCAACGAAGCAAUUUGGCGAAUAUUUUCAUUUGCGAUCCAUGAAAGAUACCCUACAGUAGUCCAUUUGGCGGUCCAUUUAGAAAAUGGUCAACGAGUUUAUUUUAAUGCAUCGAACGCGGCAGACAGAGCGGCACGUCCACCAUCGACAACAUUAACAAGUUUCUUCACAGUCUGUCAAACUGAUGAUUUUGCUCGCACUUUGCUGUAUGCUGACAUGCCACGCUAUUACAUAUGGAAUGCAUCAUCGAAAUCGUUUCAGCGUCGAAAACAAGGAACACCAGUUGAAGGACAUCCAAAUGUAUUUGCUUCAGACGCUCUGGGUCGCAUCUACACAGUACAUCCAAAUAACGAUGAAUGUUAUUAUUUGCGAUUGUUGUUGGUGAAUGUUCGUGGUCCGACAUCGUUCAAACAACUGAGAACAGUUAAUGGACAGCUGUGUGCGACUUACCGUGAGGCAUGCCAACUAUUACAUUUACUUGAGAAUGAUUCGCACUGGGAUGAUACGCUCAAGGAUUCCGUAAUAUCUUCAUCGCCGCAUCAAAUUCGUACAUUGUUUGCGAUUAUCAUAUCGACAUGUUUCCCCUCGAAUCCAAAAGAUUUGUGGGUUAAGUAUAAAGAUGACAUGUCUGAGGAUGUUUUGCAUCGUGUGCGCCGUGAAACUUUGAAUCCUACACUACAAAUGACUGAAGAAAUUUACAAUGAGACAUCGAUCAUGAUAGAAGAUAUGUGUUUAUUGAUAGCAAAUGAAGUAUUGUCGUGUUUGAGAAUGACAGCACCCAAUCGUCAUAUGCACGAUGCAUUAAACCACGAGUUGCAAAGGGAACAACAGUACGACAUUGAAGAAUUGGCCAAAACAGUUCGUACAAAUGUUCCACAAUUAAAUCAACAACAAAGAAUUGCGUACGACACUUUGAUAGAAGCUGUGAACAGUGGAUCUGGUGGAAUUUAUUUCCUUGAUGCUCCCGGAGGAACAGGAAAAACAUUCUCAAUUUCAUUGCUGUUGGCGAGGAUCAGAUCGCGAAAUGAUGUUGCUCUAGUGUUGGCUUCAUCCGGAAUAGCUGCGACUCUGCUAGAAGGCGGGCGAACUGCGCAUUCUGCCUUGAAAUUACAAUUAAACAUGCAAAUCACGGAAACACCAAUUUGCAACAUCGCCAAAAAUAGCGCAAUGGCCAAGAUCCUACAGGUAUGCGAAUUAAUUGUUUGGGAUGAAUGCACAAUGGCCCAUAAGAGGUCACUGGAGGCACUGGACAGAACAUUGAAAGAUAUUCGUGACAACCAAAAUAUUUUUGGUGGGGCCAUGAUUCUGUUGUCAGGUGAUUUUCGUCAGACUCUUCCAGUUAUUCCCCGAUCAACUGUUGCUGAUGAACUAAAUGCAUGCCUAAAAUCAACUUAUUUGUGGCAGUACGUAAAGACACUACAAUUAACAACUAACAUGCGAGUAUUUUUGCAACAUGAUGAAACUGCAAAUAUGUUUGCGAAGCAGUUGUUAGACAUUGGAAAUAAUGAAGUUGCAAUGGACACCUCGACCGGAUUCAUCACAUUACCCACAAAUUUCUGUCACAUCACAGAUUCAAAAGAGGAGCUUAUUCAGCGUGUUUUCCCAGAUAUAGCGCAAAAGUUCAAUAACCAUAAUUGGCUGGGUGAACGAGCAAUAUUGGCAGCCGAAAAUAAAGAUGUCGAGGAUCUCAAUACGAUCAUUCAAAAUUUUCUCCAGGACAGUUGGUUUCCUUUUAAUCAGUCGACACCGUUAUGA